AUUAUGCUCCUGCAGAUUCCGUAUAUUUGUCAGCCCCUGCCUUCUGUUCUUACUGAUUAAAAUCAACACAAGGACACAGUGAAGUUUCACCAAUGAUCUGCAUACUGCUGGUAGCGGGACACGGCACCGUCUUAGAGACACAAAUCAAGAAUGAUGACACAGGUUUAUACAGCCACCUGACAGGUGUGCCGAAGGCUUUACUUCCUGGCAUCGGAGGGAAGAAGAUCCUCGACUUCUGGUGGGAAACGGUCAACAUGCGGCAGCUGUUCACAGAGGUGUAUCUGGUCACGAAUGCAGACAAGUAUAAGCACUACGAGCGCUGGGCCACAGCCAAUGACUUCCCCGUGGAGAACAUCAUAAAUGACGGCAGCACUACGUUGGAGGACCGUCUGGGGGCCGUGGCUGACCUGGAGCUGGCCAUACGCAGCCGCAAGCUGCAGGAUGACAUCAUGGUGAUCGCAGGAGACAUGCUGUGUGCAGACCAGAACUUUGACAUCGCUCAAGUGAUCCGAUUCUUCAGGUCAGAGCCUGGAGAGCUGAUCAUUUACUAUGAGCUGGAGGAAGGAGAGAAAAGCAGCUCCAGGGGCAUCGUGGAGGUCUGUCCUGACACCCACAGGAUAACUCGCUUCCUGGAGAAACCGCAGGAAGGACGGACGGCGUCCCGGCUGGCCAGCGUGGUGUUUUACUGCAUCAGAAAAGACACUCUGCCGUACCUGUCUGACUUCCUCAGCCUGCAGCCUCAAGGCUCAGUCCGGUCGUUCGGACGAUUCUGGGAGUGGCUCAUUAAUGAGAAGCAGCGUGAUGUGUUUGGGAUGAAGCUGCCGACUGGCUUCCAGCUCAUUGGACAAGUGGGCCUGUCAGAUUACACCAAGUGGCUCACACACUACUCCACCAAGCAACAAGACAGACCUGCCAAACCAAUCACAUGCAGAUCAUACGCCAGGGUGGGACUAAUGGGGAAUCCUUCAGACGGCUUCAAUGGGAAAACCAUCGCUAUGUCCAUCUCUAACUUCUGGGCUGAGGUCACUCUAGUGGAGAGCCAGACUCUGGUGUUAGUCCCUCAUCCGCUCAACGACCCCACAGAGUUUGGAAGUUUGCAAGAUCUGUUCUGCAUCAGCAGGAAGGAGGGGUACCUGGGAGGUCUGCGGCUGCUGCAGGCCACCUGUAAGAAGUUCUACCAGUUCUGCUCCAAACAAGGUAUCGCUUUGACAAAGCAGAACUUCACACUGAAGUACGACACCAACAUUCCUCGGCAAGUGGGCCUCGCUGGAAGCAGUGCCAUCGUCUCAGCGACCCUGAAGUGUCUCAUGAAGUUCUACAACAUCACCGACAGUGAUCUCCCAAAGCCGAUCAGAGCCAACUUCAUCCUCAACGUGGAGACUGAUGAACUCUUUAUCACGGCAGGUCUGCAGGACCGAGUCGUCCAAGUCUAUGAAGGUUUAGUCUACAUGGAUUUCAGCAAGGAGCUCAUGGACCAGCAGGGCUACGGGAACUAUAUCUCUAUGGACAUGAGUGGGCUCCCACCGUUCUGGCUGGCCUACCUGAGCGACCCCAGCGACUCUGGACGCAUCCACAGCAACAUCAGACAGCGCUGGCUCAGUGGGGAACCUCUGGUCGUCGAGGCCAUGAAGACUUUUGCUGAGCUCACGGAUCAAGCAAGGACGGCUCUGGGGGACGGAGACUGGAGGCGUCUGGCACAACUGAUGGACCAGAACUUUGAGCUGCGGAGGUCAGUGUACACUGAUGACUGUCUGGGUCCUGGGAAUCUGAAGAUGGUUCAGCUGGCAAGACAGUUCGGCUCUGCGGUGAAGUUACCAGGCAGCGGCGGGGCCGUGGUGGGUCUGUGUCUGGACGAAGGGAGACUUGUGGAGAUGAGACAAGCGUUCCAGGAGGCAGGCUGUGUCUUCUGUGUCAUAGCACCAUACAACCCAUCUGCCAGCUCCGUCGGCUGCCAACUCUAACCUCACAUCUCCCCACGACUCGGUCAGGCUACUCCGGGCCAACUCAGGCCAGUGUGGCCCUCUCGGUGAGGCUCAGUGUCAUCUCAUAGGAUGUAUUAUUAUCACAAUGAACAGAGACGAUCAGGAUCAGUUACAUGAAAUUAUAUGAGAGCCAUGAAUUGAAAAUAAUCAGGUGAUAGUUUAGGUAAUAAUUUACCAGAUUGAUCACAAAAUGUUGAGUCAGACAUCAGACUUCACUUUGUUCCCGUAAAAUUAGUCAAAGUUUUGCUGUAGAUUAUAAAGUUCAGGAUUUAAGACUGCGUCACAUUCAUCAUCACAACAAUGUAAAAAUAAUGUAAUUAUUUUUCUACAUCGUGAUACAUCAGACUUUUUAUUAUCUUUGUAUAAUGAAUGUCAUUUUUGUACACAAAUUAAA